CCUCAAGGGCCACUUCAAAGGCGGUCGCAGCCUAAGGCAAGGCGACCCCCUUUCACCUUUUCUUUUCAUGAUUUGUAUGGAAUACCUCUCUCGGCUUAUCAAGAGAAAAACGACGUUAGACACGAACUUCAAAUACCAUCCGAUGUGCGAGAAAUUAAAAAUCUCGUACCUUGCCUUCGCCGACGACCUCAUGCUUCUAUCCCGUGGAGACCCCCAUUCAAUCCAAGUUCUCAUGGAUUGCCUCAAGGAUUUUGGAGCUAAGUCGGGGCUUGAGAUGAAUGUAGUAAAGUCCAAUAUUUACUUGGCCGGUGUCAAGGACGAUAGUCAGGCUACAAUCCUUGACAACACCAACCUACGAUGCGGCUCGAUGCCCUUUCGGUACCUCGGCGUCCCCCUCACCGCGGACCGUAUCACGGCUAGGCUCUUUGAUGAUAUGAUUAAGCAAAUUGAGGGUCAACUUAGUCGAUGGAAUGGACAUACUCUUUCCUAUGCCGGAAGAUUAAAACUCCUACGCUCGGUGGUCCAAGGCAUUGUGUGUUUUUGGAUGGGAAUCUUCCACCUGCCCGACAUAGUUAGAACAAAAAUCACUCAACUAUGUAGAAGGUUCCUUUGGGGAUCAAAGAGCGCUCACGUGGCUUGGGAUAGUGUAUGUCUACCGCGCUUGGAAGGUGGUUUGGGGCUUAGGGACUUGAUUGCGUGGAACCAAGCGUUGCUCACCCGGAUGCUAUGGAACAUGCAAGCAAAAAAGGACACAUUGUGGCAAAAAUGGAUUCACAACAUUUAUUUGAAGGGGAACUCCAUUUGGGAGUGGGAAGUAAGACCGAAUGACUCACCUCUCUUCAAGUCCCUCAUAGACAUCCGACAAACCUUGGUUGAGAGAGCGGGAAGUGAACGAGGAGCGGAAGCCCUUCUUCGAGGUUGGAACUCCCAUGAUAGACAAGAUGGGUCUAGUAAAU